CCGCACAGCCCCCCGGCGCCCACGCGGAGUAUGAACAUUGAGGAUGGCGCGCGCCCUCGGCUCCCCGUGCCCCCCACUGCCGCCCGGUAGGAUGUCCUGGCCCCACGGGGCCCUACUCUUCCUCUGGCUCUUCUCCCCACCCCUGGGGGCCGGCGGGGGCGGCGUGGCCUUGACAUCAGCUGCUGGAGGGGGCUCCCCGCCUGCCACCUCGUGCCCCGCGGCCUGCUCCUGCAGCAACCAGGCCAGCCGGGUGAUCUGCACGCGGAGAGAGCUGGCCGAGGUCCCGGCCAGCAUCCCUGUCAACACUCGGUACCUGAACCUGCAGGAGAAUGGCAUCCAGGUGAUCCGGACGGACACCUUCAAGCAUCUCCGUCACCUGGAGAUCCUGCAGCUGAGCAAGAACCUGGUGCGCAAGAUUGAGGUGGGCGCCUUCAACGGGCUGCCCAGCCUGAACACACUGGAGCUGUUCGACAACCGGCUGACAACGGUGCCCACGCAGGCCUUUGAGUACCUGUCCAAGCUGCGGGAGCUCUGGCUGCGCAACAACCCCAUAGAGAGCAUCCCCUCCUAUGCCUUCAACCGGGUGCCCUCCCUGCGGCGCCUCGACCUGGGCGAGCUCAAGCGGCUGGAGUACAUCUCGGAGGCGGCCUUCGAGGGCCUUGUCAACCUGCGCUACCUCAACCUGGGCAUGUGCAACCUCAAGGACAUCCCCAACCUGACAGCCCUGGUGCGCCUGGAGGAACUGGAGCUGUCGGGCAACCGGCUGGACCUGAUCCGCCCGGGCUCCUUCCAGGGCCUCACCAGCCUACGCAAGCUGUGGCUCAUGCAUGCCCAGGUGGCCACCAUCGAGCGCAAUGCCUUCGAUGACCUCAAGUCGCUGGAGGAGCUCAACCUGUCCCACAACAACCUGAUGUCGCUGCCCCACGACCUCUUCACACCCCUGCACCGCCUCGAGCGCGUGCACCUCAACCACAACCCCUGGCACUGCAACUGUGACGUGCUCUGGCUCAGCUGGUGGCUCAAGGAGACGGUGCCCAGCAACACGACCUGCUGUGCCCGCUGCCACGCGCCUGCAGGCCUCAAGGGCCGCUAUAUCGGAGAGCUGGACCAGUCGCACUUCACUUGCUACGCGCCCGUCAUCGUGGAGCCGCCCACGGACCUCAACGUCACCGAGGGCAUGGCCGCUGAGCUCAAGUGCCGCACGGGCACCUCCAUGACCUCAGUGAACUGGCUGACGCCCAACGGCACCCUCAUGACCCACGGCUCCUACCGCGUGCGCAUCUCCGUCCUGCACGACGGCACGCUCAACUUUACCAAUGUCACCGUGCAGGACACGGGCCAGUACACGUGCAUGGUGACGAACUCGGCCGGCAACACCACGGCCUCGGCCACGCUCAAUGUCUCGGCCGUGGACCCCGUGGCGUGGGGCGGGGGCCGGUCCGGGGAUGCGGCCGGCGCGGCCUCUUCGUCCACCACGGCGCCCGCCCCGCGCUCCUCGCGGCCCACGGAGAAGGCGUUCACCGUACCUAUCACGGACGUGACGGAGAACGCCCUCAAGGACCUGGACGACGUCAUGAAGACCACCAAGAUCAUCAUCGGCUGCUUCGUGGCCAUCACGUUCAUGGCCGCCGUGAUGCUCGUGGCCUUCUACAAGCUGCGCAAGCAGCACCAGCUCCACAAGCACCACGGGCCCACGCGCACCGUGGAGAUCAUCAACGUGGAAGACGAGCUGCCCGCCCUUCUGGUCACCCGGACGGUCCUUGGCUGGCUGCAGUUUUACCCAAACCUCCACCUGGCAUUCUCCCUGCGCCGCCACGGCGCCUCCCUCUGA